CGCAACUGAGAAAGUAACACCUUCCUAGGUGAGCUGUCUGGGGUUUUAUUAUUUCUACAUGAAGCAGCUCUGAUUUUGAAGAAUCACCAGAUACUAUUUGAUAUCUGAAAUCUGAACUGUGUUUGGUUUGUUUCGCUGCUGAUAUGAUACUCCCCUUUAUUCUUCUGUUGCAUUUUGGAGCCAGUUCUGAUGGUGACAAAAACUUAUCAAAGGGUAUGACUGCAACAGUAUCGAAAUCGAGCACCAUCCAACAAAUGAGUAUUCAGACACCUCAGACAGAUGUGUGUACAUGUAAUCAGAAAGAAGGGAAAAACAAAGACAAAAUCCAUGGCGAGAUCAAGCAAAACUUUAGUGGGCCAACCAAAACCUGUGAUUACAAGAACUUCACAAUGACUGUUGUUAAGAUGAAUAUGAUGAAUAAUGCCAUGGAUAACAGACGUGUAAAGAUAUCUGCUCCGAAGAUGUAUGAUAAUGAUUCAGACAUAGAUGUAUUUGUCCCGAUUGAACCAUUUCUGAAUGUCCCAGAUGACCAGGUCAGAGUUAGUGUAGUGAGAUACCGCUCCCCUCCACAGUUUAUAAUUAACUCAAGCAUCAUUUUGAAAUCCCCCGUCAUUCUUGUUGAAGUAGUGGAACGUGAGAUUAAGGACUUGUCCAAUCUACUUGUUAUCAAUUUUACAGUGAACAGUGGUGAAAUAACCAAAAACCAAACACUGUCAUGCCAGUUCUUUAAUGAAACAGAGCUUGUUUGGAAUGACACGGGGUCUUUCACCAACCUGGAUAAUUAUAAAAGCAAUAACAUUGUAAGCUGCUCUUACGAUCACAUGACCCCUUUCGCUGUACUUCUGGUUAGCACAGAUGAGACACCUAUGAAUCUUCAGCAGUGGAACACCCUUUCCUAUAUUAGUUACAUAGGUUGUAGUCUUUCGGCGUUUUUCUCAGUAGUCACCAUCUUCCUCUACACUUUCAAGAAGACCUCAGGCAGAGACACUUCUCUCCGUAUCCAUGUGUCUUUGAGUGCAGCCGUUUUCCUCCUCAACAUCAGCUUCUUGUUCAGUGAAUGGGCAGCUCGGUCACUCGGUGCAUGCGUCUUUAUAGCAGCGAUAAUACAUUACAGCCUCCUGUCCUGUUUCUCCUGGAUGGCCAUUGAAGCAUUACACUUGUACUUGCUUCUAAUCAAAGUGUUCAACACGUGCAUCAAGCACUACAUGAUCAAGCUGUCACUGCUUGGAUGGGGAGUGCCUGCUGUCCUUGUUGGAGGAAGUCUUUGUGUUUAUGGUAUUAAGCCUUUUUAUGGCACCAAAACAAUACAAUUCUCAAACACAAGUGCAACAAACAAAUUCUGCUGGAUUAUUGAUGAUCGCCUUUUUUAUGGCAUGACCAUCACCUACUUCUCCAUAACAUUCCUGUUCAACAUGUGCAUUCUGGUGGCAGUGAUGCAUCAGAUAUGGAAGCUCAAGGGCGGGAACGUCAGAGGCAGCAAUCUUACAUCUUGUAAGGAUAUUUGCACUGUCCUCGGCCUGGCCUUCCUGCUGGGAGUGACAUGGAGUUUGGCUUUCUUCACAUCAGGAUACACAAACUACCCCAUUCUUUACCUCUUCUGUAUCUGCAACACCCUGCAAGGGUUGUUUCUCUUCCUGUGGGUCUAUCGUACAAUGAAGAGGAACAGGUGUCUGGAGACACGAGCGUCAACUGUGUCGGAGCAAACUCUUGCUAGCUAAAACCAGUUUUACAGAGUGACCACAGAUGUUACAUGUCAUUUAGUAGUGAUGUGGUAAAACAUCAUAUACUGAUAUAAAUCUAGCACUAUGAAGCACUGUAUGAAGUUAUAGAAGUGAUCACAUGAUUUCUAAUCCAAAUCAUCAUCUCACUCUUUAACCAUUAGUUUCAUAAUCAGUGGCACAGUUCACUUUUUUUUCCAUUUGAGUUCCUUAUUAUCAAUGUCACAAAGGUAAAUGAUGCAUGAUGUUUUUGUGUGUGUAUAAAUACAUAAAUAGAGUAAUUCUCUAUCACCUCUACAUUUGACUACACUGAUCUAAUCUAUGUUGGUUUUGCAUAUGAAACCUGUUAAACUCUUACAAAAAGUAUCUUUAUGAUGCCUGUUUAUAAUCACUUUGUAUAUGAAUGUAUAUAAACACUGAUUAUACGGCUCUUUUAUACUGUAUCCAUGUGACACUGUGUGCUAUUGAUAUUGGUCUUCGGCUGUAUUGUUUCAGCUUUACGGCAACUUUACUUCCUCCUGAGUUUCGAAUUUUUAUGUGUUCCUCAA